AUGUCCCAGCCCCAGGAAAACAUGGAUGGCAUCAUCUCUGCUUUCUACAUGUGCACCAGGAGGGAUGGGAAGUGCAGCCCCCUGAGCCUGGAGGAGCUGAGGUACCUCAUGGAGCAGGAGUUUGCUGAGGCCAUGGAGAACCCCCAGGACCCCAAAACUGUCAAGAAGGUGCUGUGCUUCCUGGAUGACAACAGCAACUGCAGGGUUGACUUCAGAGAGUUGCUCAGUCUGGUUUUCCGCGUGGCCAAGGCUUGUUACCAGCCACUCCAGCAGCACCAGGGACCAGAAGAUCAUCAAGAGCUGAUAAAGCAAGAGAAGGCAGUUGGGGAGCAGCCACUGGGGCUGCAAGCACAGGGGAGGGUCUUCCACAAUGAGCAAGUCCAUGAGCAGGAUGUGAGCAAUCAGGAAGAUGAGACAUCAAAGCAAGAUCGGGACACACAUCAAACCCAAGAGGGCGAGACAUCAAAGCAGGAUCGGGACACACGUCAAACCCAGGAGGGUGAGACAUCAAAGCAGGAUCAGGACACACGUCAAACCCAAGAGGGUGAGACACCAAAGCAGGAUCAGGACACACGUCAAACCCAGGAGGGUGAGACACCAAAGCAGGACCCAGACAACCAUCAAACCCAGGAGGGUGAGAAACCAGAGCAAGAAGAGGACACCCAUCAGGAUGAUGGGACUGAAGCGCCAGGAGGGGAUCCAGAGAGAGGUGAGAUCCUGGGCACUGCAACCCCAGAGCAGGACAGAAAUACCCAUAAGGCUGAAGUGACUGAGAUGCCAAAACAGGACCCAAAACCCCACCUGACCAAAGAAACUGGUGUACCAAGACAGGGUUCAAAUGACUAUCAGAGCCCAGAGAUGGAGUCAGAAGAGCAGGACCUGAACUGUCCCUCUGAGACACAAGGGAGAGACCCAAACAAAGAGACCCAGGUCUGUGAGGCCCCUUGGCAUGACCCCAACUCCAGCAAGGCCCAGAAGCUGCUGCCCCCACAGUUGGGUGCAAGCCCCCGUUGGGAUCCCAAGCUCCAGGGAUCACUCCAUGACCCAACUUUCCAUCAUCUCCCUGAAUCCAAGGUGCUGGAGCAGGAGCACAGUGAGGCAGAGGCUCCAUCAUGUCCAGCACAACAACAACAAGACCCUCAUCACCAAAGACAACCCACGAUGGAGCAACAGCUCCUACAGCCUCUGUACCAGUGGCCACCACAGUAG